GUUUUUCUGAAAUUUAAUUAUUGCAUAGACUAUGUUACAAUCACUCUCAAAUAUGAAUCACGAAUCUAUUGUUCUGAUAUCUAACAAAAAAUGGCGCAACUUGGAGUCUCAUAACCUACUAAAUUGGCACAAAGUAGCUCAGUUCGUUGAUGACAGACAUAAUUUUAGGAUCAAGAAUCAAGGGCCAUUGUAGACAUAGUGAGAAAUGACUCGAAAAAAUGCGUGGAAAGAGAGGCAAUGUUUGUAUUACUAACAGAUAUGAGACCUCUCAGACCUACAUCUAUUGUUUCAAACACCCAGAGCAUCCUUGUUUCGUUGAAAAAAAAAAGAAGAAAGAGAUGAUCAAAAGAUUUACCACGGGUAGGUUAAUGUUAUUAAUCCUGAAUAUGUUUCUCUCAAGCACGGUCAGUCUACCAAGUCUUGGGAUGCUCUAUCAUCUCUUGCAAAAUGUUAAUCUAGAUUAACUUUGUGUGUUCUUGGAGUACCUAUCCUCCAUUUUUCUCAAGCUAGAAUUAGUCAAUACGAAAUUGAGAAAUUUGAAAUUUAAGCAUGCUUUCCAUCCUUAAGUAGGCUCUUUAAAUUAUAAUAGAUAAAGACUAUAAGCCCUUUAGAAUAGAAGCUUAGGCUGUUUAUUUAACGAAAAAAAAAGGGAGAAAGGACUAAUGCUUGAUGUAGCCACUAUUUGCAUCA